CCCGGAUGCGCUCUCGGAACCCAAACCACGAGCGACCACAAAAAAAUAUCGCCGCUCUUGCGCUCAUACACUUUUAGUCUUCCACACCACCAUAAAAGCGCGAGAUCAGACAGGAGGCCGUUCACUAUUUAUGAAUAGAGAAGCGCAUAAUGUCACAAAACUCGCGAUACCCCUCAAGGGGUAAAAACCACCACCCGCCACGCGAGUAUCGCAACGAUCGCGACUCGAGGAAUCGGAAUGGCCCGCCCCCAAGGGACGCCUACCGGGCGCCUUCGUAUUCCGGCCGGUAUGAACACAAUCCCGGCGCGCGUUGGAACCGCGAUGGAGGACCUCCUCCCUCCGCGAACUACCGUGGUCCGCCUAGUGGGGACAACUACCGGCUGCCCCAAGCCGACUUUACUUUCCAGGUCGACAAACCCGCCGGUGUACAAGAUGCCGAUACAUACCGGCCCCAGGGCAAUAGGAAGUCUCGCAAUGACCGGCGCGAGCCUCAUUCCCCCGAUCGCGACUCGCGCCCGUCCAAGAGAAACCGCGGCCCGCACGACCGCUCCUUUGGGAAUGCAAAUGGCGCCCGGCCGUUUCAGAACAAUAGGCAUGGUCGGAACUUUGGCAACCGGCCGUGGCGACCCUUUGUCGCUGCGGAACGCGAGCUGUUGAAGACUGACCACAACACCAACACAGAGGUUGCCUUCUUCAACACAGCGGGCGGUGUAACUUAUCGGCCUCUUAAUGAACUAUCGGAUAGUGACGAGGCCGAGAUGGAUAUCUCGGGAGACGAAAAGGCGGGGUCGGAUGAGGAACCGACGAGCAAGCGCGCUCGUUCAGGUGUCGAACAAUCGGCGUCGGAUAACAACACGCCCAAAUGGUCCAACCCUGACCCUUACACGGCCCUGCCUCCCGAGUCUGCAACGCAGGAGAAGAAGAAGGACGUUGUGCGAAUGAUUCGCAAGUCCCGCGUCCAGGAAAAGGAAGUUAAAAGUUCGCUGCCUUCAGGUUCAGCCGACUUCAUCUCCUUUGACUCGGAUAGCAACGUAAGCGACGAGGGUGAGGACGAUCAGGAGCAGGAGUCCCUAGUAGGAACGGCUCCAUCCGCGGCUUCCGCCGCGCCUGUCGCACAACUAAACCUACAGCUGCCCCCGAAGCCCCCCAAGCCUGGAAAGACAGCUGUGCCUUUCCAGGACCCCACACCGUCUGCUCUGGGAAGCCGGAAACGGACCCAUGACGACGAGAUCAAGAUGCCGCACACGAGGCUUAAGAAAGUCACCAAAGCGCCCGCCGGGGGCGGCAUCACGCAAGAAUGGCUUCCGGACCCGGAGUUGGAGUCCACUCCGUGGAUGGAACUGGACCACUCUGGGUCCGCCAACAUGGCUGUCUGGUUGCACAAGGAGGUGGUUGACUUUUAUGAGUACAUCAAACCCAGAGAUUUUGAGGAGCGCCUGCGCAGUGAACUGGUUCGGGAUCUGAAGCAGUUCUGCCGCAAAGUGUUCCGGGACGCUGAAGUGUAUCCCUUUGGCUCCUUUCCCUCGGGUCUUUACUUGCCCACCGGAGAUAUGGACAUGGCCUUCAUGUCUGACGGUUACGUAGGCGGUGGUGUUGCCAAGUACUUCACCAAGGCAACUCUCCAUCGGUUCAAGGCGCAACUGAUCAACCACCAGGUCGCUUGGGAGGAUGAGAUUGAACUCAUUCUCCACGCCAAGGUGCCGCUGGUCAAGUUUAUCGAACACAAGACCGGCCUCAAGGUUGACGUGUCUUUCGAGAACGAUUCCGGGGUGACGGCUAUCGCCACAUUUAAGGCAUGGAGGGACCAAUACCCCGGCAUGCCAGCGCUGGUCACGUUGAUCAAGCACUUUCUACUCAUGCGUGGUCUAAAUGAACCCGUCAACGGAGGCAUCGGAGGGUUCUCAGUCAUCUGCUUGGUAGUAAGUAUGCUGCAAAUGAUGCCUGAGGUGCAAAGCGGGAACCUGGACACGAGACAUCACCUUGGCCAGCUUCUUCUUCACUUCCUAGACCUCUACGGCAACAAGUUCAACUACCAGACAAUCGCCAUCAGCUUGAACCCCCCUCGUUGGAUUCCAAAGCAUCAAGUGACGGAUUUCGCUUACAAGAACCACGACCGGCUCUCCAUCAUCGACCCGAACAACCCGGCGAACGACAUCGCCGGGGGUUCCAGCAAUACUAGGAAUAUCCUGGCUCAUUUGGCGAACGCGCACCAGGAAAUCACCAAACGCAUGGCACAACUAGCACAAGACCCGAAUAAGGCGGGCCAGAGCAUCCUGGAGGUCAUCAUGGGCGGGAACUACUCCAGUUUCGAGAAUCAGCGCAACUACCUUGAGCUACUGGCCAAAGAGGGCUACCGGCCAACAACGAGGCAAGGCAACCGGUCGUCGGACCGCAGCCGUGACCAGGGCCACCGUCCGUCGAGGAACCAGUCUGCACCACAGAGACCCUCUCGAGGCGGGAACGGCGGCUACCGUAAGAAGAGGUGAAGGGGUUUAUAUCCCCGACCUCGAAACG